UUGUUUCGUUUGCGGUGCUGGGCGGAAGCGUGCAGAGGGAAGAAGUUGUUCUUGUGAGAGGCCGGUGCGUUCUUAGUGAAGACUUCGGAGCGGCAACCAUGGCGCAGGUUUUGAACCUCAAUAAUGAGGUUGUCAAGAUGAGAAAAGAAGUGAAGAAAAUCAGAGUUUUAACAAUUCGAAAACUAACAAGGCAUAUUGCUAAACUGAAGGGAAAAAAGGGUAGUAAAGAUGCAGUGUUGAAAAAUCACAGACGUGCACAGAGAUUACUGGAAGAAAUUCAUGCUAUGAAGGAAAUAAAACUUGAUCAGGUUACCAAAUCAGCACUUGGGAGAGAAAUUGACUUUGGGAUUAUUUGUAAAAAGCCCAGUUCUACAGCAAGAGACAGAGCAAUUGCUAGGUUGACAUCUCAUUCAUUACUGAAGACGAAAAUUGCUAAUAUUAAAGCUGCGGUGGAAGACUUUAAAAAUGCAAGACAGACACCAGCUAGAGCUAUUUCUUCAAUGGAACAACAACUGGAAGGGCAACUUAAUAAGCAUCCUGGAGAGACCCAGCAUUCUGUUAGCAGCGAAACACUUAAACAAGCUGAAUCUCAAGAUAAAACAAAGGCAAUCGAAAAAACACAAAUUGAUACAGGGGAAAAAUAUAUUUUUGAAAGUGGAGUACAGAAAAUGGCAGAUAAUAUGAAAAAAUGUCCCUCAUACUCUUCUGCUGUUCUUGACAUAGAAAAUGACAAAUUAGUUCAUCAGGAUCAAAGUGGAAACUCUGAAUAUUCACAAGAAAAAGUAUAUUUGAAUGACAUUGUAAAUAAGACAGUAGGUGACUCUGAUGAAGAUCUGGAUAAAAGUGAGGAUGGUGGAAAGGAGGAAUGUUUUGAUGACAGUACAGAAGAGAGAUUCUGUAAUCAGUCUUCCAGCACUGAUGAAAGUAACAACAAUGAUGAUUUCUUCAUUGGCAAAGUAAAGAGAAUGAAAAAAAGGAGAGCAGCUAAUACUUCACAACCUACAGAAAAAAUUAAAACCAUGCCUCUAAAAAAACCAAAGGAUCAUCCACAGUGUGACAGGAUAUUAGACCCAAAUUCAAAAGCCAGUAAGCAGAGUUCAAAAGCAGGGAAGCUAGAAUCUGUGUUUUAUCAUUCAUUGUCCAACACUCAAGAACCCUUACAUGUGAAAAGGAAUAUUAGAGACCGUUUUAUUAUACACAAGACAACUUUUGAAAAAAAUCACCUGCAGAAACGGAUGCCUAAAAGCUCGGCAGUGAAACGUACUACUGAGAGGAACCCUCCACAGCAACCACUUCAUCCAUCAUGGGAAGCAAGCAGAAAAAUGCGAGAGCAAAUAUCUCAAAUUACAGCAUUCCAAGGGAAAAAAAUCAAAUUUGAAGAUUAGAAUUUUCCUUUUAGAGAUGGCAUCACUUAUUAUUAUUAUUUUUUACAAUGUUGCAUAUUGACAAUCUUGUAGCAUGUAUGUGAAGCCAGUAUAAGCUAAAAAAAAUUACUUUGAGGAAUAAUAAUUUUUCACUGCAGACCAUUCCUGUUUUGACAUUGGCACUUUUGUCAAAUAUUUUUUAGGUUAUAGAGAUCUUGCAUAAAAAGAUCGGUGGUUGAUUCUGGUCUGUCAACACUUGUAGAAAUCCUUCACAGAGAAUAUUUUGAAUCUUCUAAAGACCCAUUGCUGAUGAUCUGCAAGACACUUACUAACCAAGAGAGGAAGAAGGAAGCUCCGUAUGGCUAAAUUAAAACUAAGAAGAAAAUGGAUUUUUAUUUGCUCAAUCUUCAUUAUCGCAUUUAAAUGAUAAUUCAGCUGCAAGAUUGCAAGGUUGAUUUUAUGAUUUGUUUGUUUUUGCCAUUUAGUCCCUACUCAACUCCUGUGGCCAUGGAUAUGAAACAGAAACAUAUAUACAGUCUGCAGAAUAACACUGAUAAAUCUUAUGAAAGUAGACUGGUGCUUUUGAAAGAUUAUGCCAUAAUAAAUCUAUAAUUUAAAAUACCACUUUGCUUCAUUUAUGCAGGAAAUAUAGCCUUUGUGUUUAGUUACUAUUUCCCAAACAAGCUGAGUGAAUAGAUGUGAUGGCCUGAUUAAGCACUAUAAACUUUAAAAUUAGAACGUGCAAGUUGGGCUCUAGAGAUCAUUAUGAGAUAAUUGACAUGUAGUUGGAUCCAGGGGGUGGCCUUGACAGGUGGUCCCACAAACACUGAAAAAUGAGGUGGUCCUCCCUCCCCAAAAUACCAUUGCUAGGCCUGAGUAUAUUAGACAGCUUUCAUCCUCUCUCCUAUUGAGAAGGUAGUUGUGCUGCAGGUUCAAAGAAACCCAUAGGAAACAAAUUAUCUGGACCCCACUCAGGUUGCAGGCUUAGGUACAAGACUGAGACAGAAUUGAUCACAAUUAUGGAUGGCCUCUGGUAGAAGGAUGGGGAGGAUGUGUCCAUCCAUGCCAUUUUUAACCUCUCAGUGGCUUUCAGUAUUAUGAUGGUAUUGGGGGAAUUAAGAGUGGUACCCAGCUGGUAUUGAUGGGAAAGAAAAAAUUAUCCCAGAGCCUCUUUGUAGAAUUCUUCACAGUUCGAUAUACUCACUCUAUUCUGUAAUAUCUACAUGAAACUUCUGGAUGAGAUUUGAAAUGUCUGUCCAUAAAAGAAUCUCAGAUCAUAGACAUAAAAUUUAACUUAUUCAAGAUCUAGACUAUAUUUUGGUUGAAUCUAAAUGAGACUUUGAGCAUUUGAAACAUUUUUAUUUAUGUCAAUUUUCACAUAAAUUUGCAAACAGUACAAGAAUAUGGAAGUUCCGUGAAGAAUACAAUGUUAGUGUAUGAUUAAUUAUAAAUUACUUCAUAGAAAGAUGUUUAGAUUUUAAAGUUCUUGGAAAAGUAAGAUGUUUACUUUUUUCAGUUCAAGUUAAAUAUAUAAGCACCUUUGUAAUGUAAUGAAAAUCUUUGUUGUGUUAAAAAGCACAGGAUAGACCACUUUUAAUGAAAUUAGUAUAGUACCUCAGUUAUAUCCAGCUUGAAAUGAUAGGAAUGUAUAGAAAUUCCCAUUAUUAGUUUGUCAUUUAAAAAAAAUCUUUUAAUUUAGUGCAUCAUGCAGUAUUUGGCACAGCAAAGGGGUGUUUUGCUUUGUUUUAGUAAAACUCACUUAGAUGGGUCAACCUCACAGUGUGGAACAUUCCUGUGACCUUUGCCACAUUCAAUGCUUCUUCCAGUUGAGUGGCCAAAUUGAUGAUAAAGAGAUAUUCCUUUAGGAAUUCUACUUCAUGAUUUAGGGUGAACAAAAAUUCUUAAAUCACAGUAUCCUUCACAAAAUAGUAUCCUUUUCUAUUCAGGCUUUUUCCCGGAUUCUGCACAUACCUUCUGUUCACAUAAUAAAUAACAGAUACUCUAUGUUUAUACAUGAAAAUAUGGUUUUAUCAUAAGAAAAAUGCAUUUUAUACAUUUUUAUCCUAUAUUGCAAAGUUACUCAAUUGUCAAGCCAACUAUCUCUUACGUUACUAGAGAGAAGAUCAACAACUUUCCUGAAGGAAUGUCCUCUAAGUAGUUAUUGGUGUCACAAUACCAGUUCCUUGCUACAAGUCUGGGUUUUUUAAAAACUGAAGCUUAUGUAUAAACAAUUCAAGUGGUUGACAUAAUAGUGCAAUAUAUAUGUUAAUGUAUGGUUGAGAAUAUGAUCAGGACUGGCAGUUCAACAUCCAUCAAAAAGAUAAGGAGUCUUAACAAGUGGAUAGAAAGGAUCCAGUCCUGUGAUUU